UCCUUACGUUUCGGUUCCGAUUCAUUAAAUUGGCAAUAACUGUGCAUGUGAACGUGUGCAACAUUUGGACAAAGAUCUAGAAAGCCUGCGGCCAUCACACAUUUUAAAACUUCAAAAUGACGGAAGUCGAAUCUACCGAGACCCCAGUCACUGGAGCUGAGCCAGUCGAUGAGGAGGUUCUGGCCAGGUUUGAGGAUAUGUUUGCAUCCAGAUUCACGGAGGAUGACGUAACGUUCCAAGAAUAUGUGACAAAUAUUAAAGAAGCCAGAGUUCCACCAAUCUUGAACCAUUACCAGGUCAUGAGGCCGAGAAAUCAAAGAGGGUUUGGUCGCGGGCGCUUUAACAGCGGUCGAGGAAUGAAACGCUCCUACGACGGUCGCGACGAGUGGUAUAAUAACGACAGCAGGCAGAGGUGGCAUCAAGAGAACUACAACAGACAGGGUGGAGGAUGGGGAGGUGGCUACCAAGGCAGAGGAGGCUAUGGAGGAGGAGGAGGAGGGUACGGAAACCAAGGUCAAGGAGGAUACGGAGGAUACAACCAGGGGUAUGGAAACCAGAGGUUUGGUAGGGGAGGUUAUGGUGGAGGCGGUGGCGGGGGUGGAUACCAGGGCAGGGGAGGAUACCAGGGAGGUGGAGGAUACCAGGGAGGUGGUGGCAGGGGUGGCUACCAAGGCGGUUACCAGCAACAGGACAGGUAUGGGGGUAACCGUGGGGGCAGGUUCCAAAGAGGUGGAGGACAACAGAGGAAGUGGGAGGAUUAUUGAUUUUAAUUUAGGAAUUCUAAGGGGUAGGGAAGGGGGCUGAGGGACAGUUGGCAGGUGACAGAUAGUGCAUGUAUACUGUAAGAGAUGUGUGAGUUGUGUGUGGCAGUUAAGUGACUAAUGCAAGGUCAUGUAACAAAGAAUGUAUGGAGAUUAUCUUCUGCAUUGGAUUUUGUAGAUGGCCUUUUAAAAAGUUCUCACCUCCAGUUUGUUUAAUAUAUGUGUAUAUCUUUCUCUGUAUUUUUCCCCCAUUUUUUGCCUUAUGUACUUGAUAUUCAAAUGGUUUUUGUUGUUCUUUAUGUACAAUAGGAGAAACCCAAGAAAUAGGUAGGAAUGCAAUGAAAACAAAGCCAUCAGCAAGAUUUUGUGACAUAAGAAGAAGCUUAAAAGUGUAUCCCUAUAUUGGCUGGUGACUUAGAGAAGUACUGAGUUCCAUAAUUGUAUGUUUGCUGAUUUUUAAAAACCAACCCAUAUAUUUAUUCUAUUUCUGUCAUGUAUUAAGGUAAGGAAAAAAAACAAUUUGAUUGUCUUGUACAUUUUAAACCUGUAUUCUGAUGUAAGUUGUACCAUUAUGCACUGUCAUGUACUACAUGUAGAAAUGGAGAGAAAAAAUAAAGAAUCUUUGUACCCUCAUGUUAUCUAUUUCUUCAAUAAUCUGCGCUUCAAGUACCGAUAGGUCUUGCAUUCUAUUUUGGGUGAAUAAUGCAAUUGUUAAUUAAUACCCAUAGUAUGUUUGCCCAAGAAUCAUGACAAUUUAUUUUGAAAUAAACAGAACCUACAAGAAAAGCAGUUCAUCGUAAAAUAGGUCUGUUAUGCUGGAAAACAUUUAUUUUCUUUGUGUAACAUUGUUCUGAUGUUUUGAAGGUGUGAACACUUUAUCUGUUUGCAAAUGUACAUCUUAAUGCCUGCUCAAGCUGUAGAUGUUGUGUAGGAAUGAAAAAAAAAGAACAUUUUGCUGUAUAAUAUUUGCUCAAUAGUUAAACUUAAUUUUUUUUAUUUCAAAGUGACCUUUGUUGUCAAGUUGGUAAUAAGUUGAAUGUAAACUUUUUGUUUCUUUGUUUCAUGUAUCGUAUCAACUUGUGAAUUUUCUAGUUUUAUUCCCUUUACCGUCCGGUAUCAGCCUACAGUAUGUGUGCGGUACAUCGGUUUGUGAAACCAAGGAUGAGUCUGUGAUCAUGUUAAGUCACUUCUACAUGGGCGUAAUAACAUAUCUGUGAGAUGACACAGUCCAUUAUCAACCUUUAGUUCUAUGCACCUAGAGCUACCCAACUCAGUUUGCAAUACAUGUAUUGGCAAUUUUGUUGUUGUCAUGUAUCAAAGUUUUGAUGACUUGAUGUAAUCAUAUGUACACACUGUACUUUGAUUUAGUGGUCUGUGUAUUGAAGAAAGAACAUCUAACUGUGAGGAUAUAAAUAACGUGGUUGGGCUUCUGGUGUUCCGAUAAACCAACUCGAGCUCAAAUCCAAGUCAUGUCUAUAAGAAGGGCAUUUUAAACUUGGAGGUCAGUCAGUCUGAGAGUAGUAACUAUCACACAUCUGGUCAGUCUAUGAAUGUACACCAUCCCAAAUCACUGAGCAAAAUUCCACACCUUUGUGAAUUGUGAUACUACAUGUACAUGCAAACUGUUGUGAAUGUUGCGUACAUUUAGAAUGACUUUAUAAGCUUAUCUGAUCACUAAUUUCAUAUAUUUUUCAUUCUUUUUUAUACUAGACACAUCUUGGGUAUAACAGGAGUACAUGUACUUUUCAGUCACAUUCCUGGUUAAUUUGAAUUGUUGGAAAUUGAUGAAUAAAAGAGUAAAGUUUUUGAGUAAUGAAA